AUGGCGUGGUACAGCCAUAGACCAGUGAAUUCAUCGCUCACCCACCUCUGCCUCAGUUUCCCCAGGUGUGAAGUGGGCACAGAGGAAACAUCUUCCCAGGGCUGUGAUUUAGUGGGGGGCGGGCAGACAGUGAGGUUGCAGGCAGCCCCCACGCAGUCGGAGGCGCGAAGGGGCAGGAAGCGGCUGGCGGCGCUGCUGGCGCUGCUGGCGCUCCGGGCAGGGGACCGGGCAGGGGCCGCGGCGCGCGGGGACACGUUCUCGGCGCUGACCAGCGUGGCGCGCGCCCUGGCGCCCGAGCGCCGGCUGCUGGGGCUGCUGAGGCGCUACCUGCGCGGGGAGGAGGCGCGCCUGCGGGACCUGACCAGAUUCUAUGACAAGGUGCUUUCUUUGCAUGAGGAUUCGGCAACUCCUGUGUCUAACCCUCUGCUUGCAUUUACUCUCAUCAAACGCCUACAGUCUGACUGGAGGAAUGUGGUACAUAGUCUGGAGGCCAGUGAGAACAUCCGAGCUCUGAAGGAUGGUUAUGAGAAGGAGGAGCAGGACCUGCCAGCCUUUGAGGACCUUGAGGGAGCAGCGAGGGCCCUGAUGCGGCUGCAGGAUGUGUACAUGCUCAACGUGAAGGGCCUUGCCCGCGGCGUCUUUCAGAGAGUCACGGGCUCGGCUGUGACUGACCUGUAUAGUCCCAGACGGCUCUUCUCCCUCACAGCAGAUGACUGCUUCCAAGUUGGCAAGGUGGCCUAUGACAUGGGGGAUUACUACCAUGCCAUCCCGUGGCUGGAGGAGGCUGUCAGUCUUUUCCGAGGAUCUUAUGGAGAGUGGAAGACAGAGGAUGAGGGAAGUCUAGAGGACGCCUUGGAUCACUUGGCCUUUGCCUAUUUCCAGGCAGGAAAUGUUUCAUGCGCCCUCAGCCUCUCCCGAGAGUUUCUUCUCUACAGCCCAGAUAAUAAGAGGAUGGCCAGGAAUGUCUUGAAAUAUGAAAAGCUCUUGGCAGAGAGCCCCAACCAGGUGGUAGCUGAGGCUGUCAUCCAGAGGCCCAAUGUACCCCACCUGCAGACCAGAGACACCUACGAGGGAUUAUGUCAGACCCUGGGUUCCCAGCCCACACACUACCAGAUCCCUAGCCUCUACUGCUCCUAUGAGACCAACUCCAGCCCCUUCCUGCUGCUCCAGCCCGUCCGGAAGGAGGUCAUCCACCUGGAACCCUAUGUUGUUCUCUACCACGACUUUGUCAGUGAUUCAGAGGCUCAGAAAAUUAGAGGGCUUGCAGAACCAUGGCUACAGCGAUCCGUGGUGGCAUCCGGUGAGAAGCAGUUACCAGUGGAGUACCGCAUCAGCAAAAGUGCCUGGCUGAAGGACACCGUUGACCCAAUGCUGGUGACCCUUGACCAUCGCAUUGCUGCCCUCACAGGCCUUGAUGUCCAGCCUCCCUAUGCAGAGUAUCUCCAGGUGGUGAACUAUGGAAUCGGCGGGCACUAUGAGCCUCAUUUUGACCAUGCUACGUCACCAACCAGCCCACUGUACAGAAUGAAGUCUGGGAACCGAGUUGCAACAUUUAUGAUCUAUCUGAGCUCGGUGGAAGCAGGAGGAGCCACAGCCUUCAUCUAUGCCAACUUCAGCGUGCCUGUUGUCAAGAAUGCAGCACUGUUUUGGUGGAACCUGCAUAGGAGUGGUGAAGGGGAUAGUGACACACUUCAUGCUGGCUGUCCUGUCCUGGUGGGAGACAAGUGGGUGGCCAACAAGUGGAUACACGAGUAUGGACAGGAAUUCCGCAGACCCUGCAGCUCAAGCCCUGAAGACUAAAAUGUUGGCAGAGAGAAGUUGGUGGAGUCUGUGGCUUUGCAGAGAAGCCUAAGCCAAAAGCUAGGGUGGGAGAGGAAAAAAGGAGAGCAACCUUCUGGAAGAGGGCCUUGUCAGCAUUGCCUGUUCGUUGCAAAUGGGAGACAAGGAACUGGUCUUUACCAGGGGACACCU